UUUCACAUUAAAGGACCUUGCGUAAGUUUUAUUGGAAAAUCAAUAUAGUCUACGUCUAUAUGAGUUGUAUUAGUUAUCAGAUUUUCAAAAGUGUCAUUAUAUUUUUAUUAUGUAUCAUUACAUGUAGUGGCCAUUCCAUUAAUUGUGUUGCAAAAGGAAGUUUCUGUGAAGAAUUUGUUAGGACGUAUUCUAGAAGAAUAAGUGAUGUGAAUUAUCACAAUCAACCAAUCAUGGUUGUUCUGCGUUUUUGGAGGAUAUCAGAGUUUGGAGGUAAACCUUGCUUGAUUACGAAAGGAGGUUGUCCAAGAAUGUUCAUCGAUGAAAAUUUCAGUGACAUUAACAGAGACUGCUACAUCUGCUUUUUCACUGCUGGAAAUAAAGAGACAGCAUCCACAGAUAAUGACAAUGUUUCUGAUGAAGACGGUGAUUCUAACUAAGAUUUGUAGCUGUGUGGAUGGGAUCAAGAAAAUUCCUCCUAUGUUAUAUUCUAUCUUGGACAUCCUUUAAUGCUUUGUUUUGUUAACUUUUUUUAAGCAAUGUGCUAUUCCCGUAUUUGUAAAAUUAGACUCUUAUGUUCAGUUGUUUUUUAUUUUGCUUA